AUGGCAACGCGGUGCUGUGAUUUUACGAUAGAUGUCGAGUGUGUAAAAGAACUCUGCAUUCUACUGAGUUGCAUCAAAGAAAAAGUCACAUUAGAGUGAGUGCGGAAAACCCACGUGGUGUGGCUGUCUAUCGUUUCAGCUGUAAAGACAAAAAAAAACCCAGUUCUUUUAAGAACCAUUAUAUUUACAAAAGAAUAAAAAUGGGUUUUCAGAUAUAUUUCAGCAGAAAAAUCGUACACCUCUUAUAGCUCAGUUGGUAAAGCGUUGGCUUAUAAAAAAAUAGGUACGCUACGCGUACGUGAAUCUGCGCAAAACUCUGAGUCACAUUUAGUAUUUUCUUGAAAGGAAAUGAAUAAUAAUAAUAAUAUUUAAUAUUUUAUAUAGCACAAAUUAACAUGUUAUAGUAUAUGAUCAAAUGCGCAUCACAACAUAAUCACACUAAAAUGAUUCUAAAAAUAUAAACAAGAUUAUAUAGAUUAUAUGUUACAUGAAGUAUUUACAUUAAAGGCUUCUUGAAAAUAAUAAGUCUUAAUUAACUAAUUUCUUGAAAAUACUAAAGUUAUGCAGAUUUCUUAUAUACAUAGGUAAUUCAUUUCAGAUUUUUGGAGUGGAGGUUACGAAUGCUCUGUCGCCAAGUGUUUUCUUUGUUUUUGUACUAUAGUCUUCAAGCAAUGUGCCUGUGUUAGAUCUUAGACUAUAGCAUGAUGUAUUUCUUACUUUUAAAAGAUUGACAAGAUAGAGAGGUGCAUACUGAUGGAUACAUUUAAAAGCAAGCAUAGCAAUUUUGAACUUGAUCCUUAAUUGAACAGGAAGCCAGUGUAAUUUGAUGAGAGUCGGAGUGAUGUGAUCAUGUUUAGAGAUAGAACAGAUAAGACGUGCUGCUGUAUUUUGUAGCUGUUGCAGUUUAGACAGAUGCACAUCUGUGACACCAAUGAACAAUUGAAAUAUAUAUUUCAUCACUUAUAUAAUAGCAAAUUAGAUAUUAAGAUCAAGCACAAUACACAUCUACCAGGGCUGUAAACAGGGGAAAGAGAAUUUAACAUACUAAUUUCACAAUGACAUUUUGAUCAUAACGAAUAAUCAUGCAGUCACGAAAUACAAAUUCCAUUCAAACAAUACUACACUUGCACAAAAUACAAUACUUUUAAAAUUAAUAUCACUAGCAUAUAUUAUAUACAGUAGAAGAAAGUUUUCAGGUCUAGUUUUCAUAUUGAAUGAAAUAGCUGCUAUAAAUUCCACUUGCAGUAUAUUUCGGAUUAUUACCAUAACAGUAACAAAGGUUUCCUUAAUAGGUCAACUGAGUUGUGACAUCAUAAUAUAUGUCGAUACAUAAACUGGGAUGUCACACUGAUAACUUGACAAUCUUCUUUAUCAUUGCCAUAUAAUCGAGAUAUGCGAAACAUUUUAGAUGCCAUAGAGUCAGGAUAGCAGGUGUUGUUACAAUCCAUACCAUUGACAUAUAUAGCAUCCAAAUUUAAACAAUAAACAAUACAUAUAGAAGUUAACAUUUACAUUGAAAUCAUAUAUAUGUCAAUGAUCCAUACUCAUAAAUUUUGACAGUUUUUCAAAACUUUAUUGUAUAUAAAAUCACAUGAAGCAAAUUUUGUCAAUUGUUUAUAUUUAUAAUGCAUGGAUUACAUUUAGAUUGCCAACGUCAACUGUUGAGACUUGAGUAAUGUACAUAAACUAUUCAAGGAACAUAAAUUACUGCAGCAAACAGGUCAAUCAUACACAUUCAAACUUUUUGGUCGUAUAAUAGUAGCAAUACCAUACAUAUUAAAAAACUUUUGCUGGAAAUAUAGCUCUUUUAAUCUAUUUUAUACAUCGUAGAAAUUGCAUUCAUGUUUAAACACUAGUAGCCUACAUUGAAUAUUGUUUACACAUUAGUACAUUGAAAAUUGUUGAUUAUGAUUCUUUAAUUCUUACCUUAAAACAAAAACAUUUCAAACACAGUUCAAGCGAUUCUACGGUUUUCUCACUGAUCUAUAUGUUCUACACUGAAUAGUCAUAUCCGCAUAGUGCGCUGAUUGGCUAGGGACGGUCACAAGCUAAAAUACUAGACACUGAUUGGCUGCAAGCUAACAGCUAACAGCUAACAGCUAACAGCUAACAGCUAACAGCUAACAGCUAACAGCUAACAGAUAAAGCAAACUCGAUAGCAUAGUAUAUUUGCUGCGCAGAUACAAAAAUUUGUACCAUGUACCACAUGCCUCAGUGUACUGUGCACUCACACCUUAUGACGUCACUUCUGCCGCCAACCGGGGGGGAAGAGGUUAUACUACUCUUGGGUAUAAACAAACGUUAGCCAGAUUUGUCAAUCUGUCGCUAGAAAAAUAAUUUAAGCAGUUUUGCUGAAUCGUGCCCCAUGACUUAUUUCAAUAAGUCAAAAUUAUCGAUCCCGCCUCUCAUGGGUCGUCCCGGCAAAGCGGGCUAUCUAUUAAUAAGCAAAUAUAACUUAACAUAUUGCUUUCAUCAUAGAUAUUUUGCUCAACCUGAAGUAUUAAACCGUGUACCUUACUUGUUUGUGUUACUGGGUGGUGUAUGUUGUGCGUUGUGCUCUGUUGGUGCAUUAUUGUUGUUUAAACCACCAAGAAAUGUUACAGAUGAGGUAAAUUAGAAAUAAAGCCUUCCUAAAAUACUAAGAAUAAAAUGAUGUUAUAAUAAUACUUCAACUUAACGAAAUUUUCUGUAUAGUUAAUAAAAAUUGUUUGGGCAUGAUCGAGGGCUUAAUUUGACCCAAGUUUUUCAUUGUUUCAAGUGUUUAAGAUUUAUAAUACUUUUUGCUUGUGGAAACACCACGUAAAUGUGUAGAUUGAUUUUAUUUUAUUUUAUUUUUAAUUUAUAUUGUACUAUAUUAUAUUAUAUUUAAACGCCUAUUUUUAAAAGAAUACAUUAUCAUAACUGUGUUAGCUUGUUAGGAUUAAAACCAAUCUAAAAUAAUGAGAUAGAUGUUCUAUUUUGAAGACUAAACCGGAGAAAUCGCCUUUUCAAGAAUUAACUGGCACAGGUGAAUACAGAGAAGAAAAUGGCGUAUUAGAAGACAAGUAAGUUGAGUAAUAUUUGGUAUUUCUGUUCAACAACUGAAAACUAAUUAAACUGAAACUGCACAGUGGAUACCGAGUUCUGUAAUUCUAACACAAUUUGUACUGUAGAACAGAUUUAUCUGCUGAUACACAUCCACUGAAGAUGAUCAAAACAAAAUAUUUUUGGAUUUUAUGGUUUCUUUCACUUGUUAAUGGAGAGGCCGUGAUAUUCGUAUCAUCCUUUUAUAAGGUACGUGCUUAGGUUAAAUGUCUAAAUUCAGUCAGGUGACUCAGAUUGAUGCAAGAGUGAAGGAUAAAUCCCAGUCUAUUGUAUAUCAACAACAACAUUUUUUCAAAUAAAGUAUUAAUACUUCUCCCUGUUAAAACGUACUUUCCGGGAUAAGUAAUAACCCAGGGCAUACUUCCCAGAUGGUUGAAAUGUCUUGUAGAUGUAACUAAAUUUUCACUCGAUAAUUUUUAUCUAUAAAGCUCUUCAACUAUUAUUAACUGGAGUGAGAUGCCAACAAAAUCUCCGUACUUCUCAGACUCGGACAACUAUAAGCUACUAUAGAACAACACUACCAUGCACAUUUGAUGUUUUCUGACUGAAUUACGGGCUGACUUGAAGAAAGUUUCUUAAUUAGUUAUUUUCUAAUACAAAUAGUUAUUAUUUAACAUCGAGAUUUAAAUAGUGUGCUACAAAUUAUGCACCCUCUUGCAGUAACAUGGACCGUGCAUAUAUACUUAUGAGUUCUUGAUUUUGAUAACAUUUAUUUGGGUCUUUGUCCUAAGGCAUACGGAGAGACGUUCAUUUCAAAUGAUUAUUUCUUGACGUUGGUUGGUUCUAUUGGGACAGGAUUUAUCAGUGUUGGUAGAAUAUUCUGGGGAUUUAUUGCUGAUAGAUUGCCAUUAAGGGUGAGUUUGGUAAAAUUGACAAGUUAUUCUCAUGAGUUUGUAAAUUAGUCUAUUGUAGUCAUGAGCUCCAGUUGUAUCCCAUGGUACGUCAUUAACUCGAUUGAGCACUGCAUGCUAUCUUGCACAAUUUGAUUCUUAUCAAAGUACAAGUUUUAUGAAAACACAAAUUUAUCAAAAUACAAGUGUUUCGUCCGGAAGAAAUUUAAAUUUCUCCCGAUGAUGAUGAUGAACAUAUUUUUAAGGCCUGUCUACACGAUACGAUUAGUUGCACACGAUUGUCAUUCUAACGUAUGAAAAUUACUACAGGCGCCUAAACUUCUAUUUAUUUAGUUUAUGGCGAAAUUUCUUUACCCGUACUUAUUCGGUUACAUACGCCAGAAUUGGAAUCGUAUACUACUACUCGUAUCGUGUAGGCAAACAUUUACAUGAUAACCAUGUCAGUUACAAAACAGCUAUCAAUAUGGGCCCCAACGCAAGUAAAAUAUCAAAACGUUUCAGGUUGAUUGAUUGAAUCUCGGCUGAUUGUUAAAUGUGAACGGCGAGUGCAUGGGCUACAAAAACAAGAAAAUAAUUUAUUUUCUAUACUUACACACAGUUAAUUAAGAAUAUCAGUACCAUGCUCAUCUGCGUUAUUCCCGCUUAGCCAAUCACAAACGUUAUUAUAUUAUUAUUAUAAAACGAUGUAUGCUAUGAUAUAUAUAAUCCUAUGAAUUACUUCAAAAACUGUUUAUGUAUGAGGCCUUUAUUUCUCGCCUUAAAAUUCCUUCCUCCCCCCCCCCCGCAUUUUCGCGCACCCUUUACAAAUCCCGAACAAAAACCCAAUUGAGAGGCAGACUUGCAGCAAGUCUAAGUAAGUUCCUAUUGCUCAGAACCACUAAAGGGCGAAUGACAUGACGUAGAGCGCCAGUAAAUUCAUUAUUUAGUACACGGCAAAAAACGCUCAGGUUGAUGCAAUACUGAUGAAAACAGGAUUGAACAAUGUUUUGCUGCCCACAUUGUUCAUAGCUGUCAACAAUAUUGAACAAUAUUGUUACACCCGAUUCAGGCUCAACAACAUUGUUCAAUAUUGUUGACAAGUGUGAACAACGUGGGCAGCAAAACAUUGUUCAGUUCUGUUGAGCAACGGGCUCGGCGUUUUUUGCCGUGUAGCAGCUUAAUUACAGACGUACUUACACAAUUUGUCAUUUUUUACAGCUUGGACUUAUCGUUCAAAAUACAAUGAUGGUAUUUCUGUUGCUGACCUUUACCUUGUCUGAAAAGGCGGGCAAGUGGUUGUAUUUUAUUUGGGUCGUCACAAUGUUUGGGACAAUGGCUGGCACAACGACAUAUUUAACAGCUGCAACAGCCACCACAUUUGGUUUGAAAUACUUUUCAACGAACUAUGGUUUGGUGUCGAGUUCAAUGGUUUGUAUUUGGUCUUGUUUACUUGAGAUACUGUAAGGAUAAAGUAACAGUACAUGCAUGCAUGGCGUAAUGUUUAGAUGAAUUCAGUGCCUGCAGUUGUAUUUUUCAGCGUUGUUCCAAAAUUCAGACCGAUCGGAAAAUACGUUAUAUUUUCGUUUUCGUCCUAGCUUGAAAAUCUUGAGACUAGAUAGCGGUUUGCAUGAUUCAGCUAGUCCGGUCUAACUCAACCGACGAGAAAGCGGUCUGUGUCACUUUUCAACAUGGUUACUGAUUUCUAUACGUAUUUGCACAGCUUUGUAUAUAUGUAUGGAUGAAACUGGUGAUUCUUAAAUCACAGUUUAGAAAAUUACAUGCACUUAUAGAGAGCUUUCAAUCCGGAUUCAGGAUGGUAGUUAGGUACAGAAAUGCACCAAAAUUAUUGACAUUUUCACACACAAAAAAUUAAUGUUUUAAUUAAAAUCAGGAAUUUACUGAGAAGAUUGGGUCCAUGCAAAUGUGGAAUUAUAACCACGCUAUUGGUAAUAGAUACUGAAUGGCCAGAAUGCAGUUCUCUAAAAUAUAAAGCAUUUGUUAUAAUAACAAAGGUAUAGGCCUCCAAAUAGGCUGUUGCGGUCAGGGGCAUAGGAAGCAUCAAAAAGUUGGGGGGCACCGGUUUCGAGGGGCACUUUUUGACUGAAAAGGGCACGGCGACGGGGGAGGGGGGGGGGCAGGUUAGGAAAGGAAAAAUAAAUGCAAUCACACAUCAAAGGCCGUUGAGGCCUACUCACAGAUGAGAUCAAAUGAAAGAAUUAAAGCAGUUUGCAGUUGUUUUUGCAAACGAGCACGUUCAAAUUUUGCCAUGUGUCGUGCUCCAGCUCGAUUUCUGGUUCUGAAAGGCCCGAUUCGCAGCCAAAGAGUGCGCUGGCAGCAGGCUGGUCAUCUCAUUGUUUAACUGCCCCACACUCAAGUAAUCACAAACAACAUUUUUCACGAAGGCGAAGGGCACUUUGCCACCGGAAACGGCCCUGGUUGCGGUAUAUCGAUAUACCGAUAAUUAUCGGGUUUUUAUAAAUACCGAUUACUCGAUAUUGAAAAUUUUCGAUAUAUCGGAAUAUUGAUAUUUCUCGGUAUUAUCGAUAUCACGUUUACGUUUGUAUAUCUAAACGUCAUAUCAAGCUUUUUCAGAAGGACAAAACUUUUUUCGGACAAAAGGACAAAGAAGGACAAAAACGAUCAAUGUGCUAACUCUGUGGGAAAAUCCGUAAUUAGACACAUGAUUCAUUCUAGGUGCGGAUAAUUCAUUCUGAGUGCGGAUGCAAAUAUACGCAUUUUCAAUUCCCAAAGGCAAAGCGGACAUUUUUCUUGUUAUAAAUUAUCGCGGCUUUUUGGCGUCAUUUGAAAACAGAAAAUUUUGCAUAAAAUCAAGCACAUUUUGCAUAAAAUUAAGCAAAAUACAAUCACGAAAAAAUAUCGAUAUAUCGGUAUUAUUGGCAUUUUUUUCCGGUAUUGGUUUUCGUUUUUUCAAACCUGGAGCUAUGUUGUCAUUUUUCAGUAAAUCAUUCUCCAUAUGGUUUGAUUCAAGUCAGUGCUGUUUCCUUCAGGCUAGCUGGGUCAAUAUGAGAUGCAACAGUAACAAAAGUUUUAUUUCUGAUUCCUCCAAUCACAUGAGCUAUAGUCCCUCCAGACUUGUAUAGAAAUUUAGAAGAAAGAUAUGGAAAGUAAAAACACUUACUAUAUACAAAUGAUUAAUGUGGAUGAAUUUCUAGCUAAAAACCGCUAUCAUCUUUUUUAUUAGAACAAAAACUUUUAAAUGCAUUUAUUUGUCUAAUAUAUGCAUUGACAAAGAGUACGAAUAAUUUUAUUCACAUACACACACAAGUGUGUACAAAAAUAUAAAUUUUAUUUUACACUUCCAUUACUUAUGGCAACGAACUGGGUAUAUGAACCUUUUUAUGAAGGUUACAUUUUUUAGUCACACCCCGCUGUGUGUUCUGGUCAAUAUAUUCGACGAUUUUAAUAUUCACCAAAGCAACGAACCGUGAACAUAUACCAUUAUUAUAUACACAAGGUCUGGAUACGAGGUAUUCUGCAAUCGAUCUGAUUAGUUCUCUACUAGCAGGGUAUUAGCUCAUAUCAUGCUAGUAGAGAAAAACAAAAUGACGGCUCAAACUGAAUUUCCGACGUUUUGCGAACGAGAAAACGGCAAGUUGUUCGCUUUUAUGUGCCCGUAGGUUGACCCUUUUUACAAACUGCGGAUUGUGGAGAUCAUGCAGCUACUUGAAAAAUACAAAAAGAACUUCGACGUUGUGAGCGUUAUUUUUAUACUUGUCAGGUAGUUGCAUCAUCUACAGAGUUUGCAAUGUUCUCCCUACACUGGCGCUCGCCAUUCAGGAUUUUACUGAACACUUCUUGACUAAUAUUUUUAGAUAUUUGGUGGAAUUCUUGGAUCAAUUUUAUCGCAAAAUCUCACCGAUCAUAUAGGAUGGUCUGGAAUUUUCGCUUUAAUUGCAGGGUUUUCGUUCUCAGGUAGGUAUAGGUAGGCACAACAUAUUUUGGUGCAGACUAUAAUUAUGGAGAUUAAUUUCGCCUCCCCUUUUACAAUGUAAUGUUCAUGCACUUUCGCGGCCAAAGUCCCGGAUAAAUCCGAGGAGUGCAGUCUCGAUACCCGCGAAUGCAAAUCAUACAUUGAUGAACACACUUUAAUGAAAUCUGAAAACACAGUCAACCCUCUUCUGAGGCUUCGAAAACGCAAUUUGUUUCUGGGGAAGCAUGUCCUCAGACCCCCUUGGUUGAGCCCUCCACAGUCCACCCCCAUGACAAUUUACUUUCGACGGCACUAUCGGGUUGGUUAUAUGUGCAUGCUGACACCAUUUAUACCACAACUCAAAAAACCGAAUUAAUUUUUCAGGAAUUGUGCUUUCUUAUAUAUUUGACGCGGAGGAUGUUAAUUAGACGAAGUGCGGAUUGAGCCACUGAUCAAAUAAAAAACACUUAUGGCUAACUUGUGAUGAAAUCGUAUCCUUUCCAAGACUGAUUCUCAGUUUCUCAUGACAGCACACAAGAGGCGAGAUAGACUCAUACGAUUUCAUGUCGUCGGAUAUGGCUUGGUCACGAUUGUUACAACCAAGUGGAAACCAGACUAGAUAUUCAAACUAGCGCCUGCAACGGAUAAAGCCGAUACAAAUCUGUUUUGUAAAAAUCACCGGUUCGUUCAUGUUUGGAAUAUGCAGAUGGUUGUAACGAAACUGAUAAUGAUCUUCUUGAACAACUCCAGUAUGAAGCGGCUAGAUUGGUUACGGGUGCUAUAAAGGGAACAUCUCGCGAAAGGUUUCUUAGAGUGACCUAACCUCAAAUCUUUUUAUAGGCCUAAUUUCAUUCUUAAGAACUUCUGAAAUUAUAUAAUAACUUAUUUUGAAGAUUUUCGUUUGCACACUUUGUCUCGGAGUUAUUUAAUUAAAAGGUUAAAUUGUGUUUUACCUAGAUAUAUGUAAUCCUCUCACAACUCCAAACUGCAUUUUAAUGAAUUAAACUCGGUAGUGAAUACGAUAUAUACAAGAUUUUACUUUAAGUCAUUAUGC